GCGGAGUGGCGGGAAAAUCUCUCGCUUUCUUACUAGGGUUUUCAUUCUCUUACCAUCUCAUUAACGGGGAAGAGAAUCAGGAGACCAUCAACAACUUUCCGAGAAACCAACCAGACCCUGGAAAAGGAAAAUGCCGACCUACAAGAUAAGGGGAAUCGACGUUGAUUUCCCGUUCGAGGCUUACGAUUGUCAGCUCGUUUACAUGGAAAAAGUCAUACAGUCCCUCCAAAACAAAUGUAAUGCCCUUUUGGAGAGUCCAACGGGAACCGGGAAAACUCUAUGCCUUCUUUGUGCCACAUUGGCUUGGAGGAAGAGUUUAGGUGGAUUUUCGACUGGUAAGAUUGAAAGGAAUGGUCGGAUUGCGGGUGGUAAAUUGGAUAUUGUGCCAUCAUCACAAUCUGAGGAUCGCAAUCUUCCGACUAUAGUGUAUGCUUCACGCACGCACAGCCAACUUCGGCAAGUGAUUCAGGAGUUGAAGAGGAGCAGCUACAGGCCUAAAAUGGUAAUAUUAGGAUCUCGGGAGCAGUUAUGCAUUCACGAGGAAGUCAGCUUACUACGUGGAAAAGUACAGAAUAAUGCAUGCCAUCUUAUUUGCAAAACACGGGGAAAGCGUCAAUGCACCCAUUAUUCCCGUGUUGCAGAUUAUGUGAAAUGCAAUCCCCAUCUUGGAGAUGAGCCUGUCGACAUAGAGGAUUUGGUUAAUAUUGGAAGAACAUUUGGACCAUGCCCUUACUACAUAUCAAGGGAGCUCCACAAGGUUGUUGAUAUUUUGUUUGCACCUUAUAACUACCUUAUUGAUCGUGGAAAUCGAAAAUCUCUUGCCAUUGAUUGGGACAACAGUAUACUGAUAUUUGAUGAAGCUCAUAACCUGGAAAGCUUAUGUGCAGAUGCAGCCUCUUUUGACUUGCCUUCUUGGCUUCUCACAGCUUGCAUUUCUGAAGCAAAAUCUUGUAUUGACCUUUCUGUGACAAGGAGGGAAGAAUCAAAUGACAAAUCAUGGAAUCCAGAUAAUUUUGCUAUUCUCAGAGCACUUCUUUUGAAGCUUGAGAAGCGGAUUGCUGAAGUGCCCAUUGAAUCCAAAGAAUUGGGAUUCACCAAACCUGGACCUUACAUUUAUGAGCUUCUUGCUGAUCUUAAUGUUACACACGACACUGCAACUAAGAUCAUUGAUAUAAUCAAAGAUGCUGCUGUUCUCCUUGAAGAAGAUAAGCAGGACAAGUCAAAAGGCACUGGUUGCAGGCUGGAAAGCAUUAGUGAUUUCCUUCAAAUAAUUUUUAGAGAAAAGAACAACUCCCAUGCGAAUUUCUAUCGAGUUCAUGUGCAGGAAGGUGAGGCAAAUGCUGCAGAUGUCUUGAAAGGUAAGCCAUCUAGAACGCUCAGUUGGUGGUGUUUUAAUCCCGGAAUCGCCAUGCAAGAGUUCUCUCGCAUGGGUGUUCGCUCUAUUAUUUUGACAUCCGGAACAUUAUCUCCCUUGGAUUCUUUUGCACAAGAGUUGAAACUAGAUUUUCCCAUUCGGCUGGAAAACCCUCAUGUCAUAUCCUCAAAUCAGAUAUGGGCUGGUGUUGUACCAGCUGGUCCAUCAGGUCGCUCAUUGAACUCAUCUUAUAGAACCCGUGAUUCUCUAGAAUACAAACAGGAGCUUGGAAAUGCUAUUGUCAAUUUUGCCCGAAUAGUACCUGAUGGACUGCUUGUAUUCUUUCCAUCUUACUACCUUCUGGAUCAAUGCAUUAGUUGCUGGAAGAAUAUGAGUCAGGCAAAUUCAACAACAAUAUGGGAAAGAAUCUGCAAGCAUAAGAAACCUGUUGUAGAACCUAGACAAUCCUCACUGUUUCCUCUUGCAAUUGAGGACUAUUUGGCUAAGUUGAAGGACACCUCAACUUCUGGUGCAGUAUUUUUUGCUGUUUGUCGUGGCAAGGUGAGUGAAGGAUUAGAUUUUGCUGAUCAUGCUGGAAGAGCCGUUGUCAUCACUGGCAUGCCAUUUGCCAUGAGGACCGAUCCUAAGGUUCGUUUGAAGCGUGAAUACUUGGAUGGACAGACACACUCACAAAGAGAUGGAUGUAAGUUGCAGGUUCUAAGUGGAGAAGAGUGGUAUGGUCAACAGGCAUCACGGGCUGUAAAUCAGGCUGUUGGACGUGUAAUCCGUCAUCGCUAUGAUUAUGGAGCAAUUAUUUUUUGUGAUGAAAGGUUUGAACAUCGUAAUCGCCAGACCCAAAUAUCACUUUGGAUACAGCCUCACAUCAAGUGUCACUCUAAAUUUGGGGAUGUGGUUUUUACAUUGAGUCGUUUUUUCCGAGAUGGAGGAAGUCGUGAUGCUGCAAAGCUUAGGUCAAUACCAAGGGAAGACACUGAAAAUAUCAAAGAAGAAAAGAACACACAGCCUUUGGACAAAUUUUACCUGGACAGUUUUCUUUCUAUGAGGACACCGGAUCAGGGUUGCUCUUCAAAAUCAUUAUCUUCUUUACUUGAAGCUAAAAGAGGCAAGGAUUCAAGCCUAUCAGAGAACAUUUUUCCUGCCAAUCGCUCUUCUCUCUCUCCCUUCAAGGAAAGUCAGGAUUUCAAAUUAAAUCAUUCGCGCAGUGAAAUCUAUAAUGAGAAAAAAUUGUUAAUUCCUGGGAGGAUAAAUAUACAACAUCAAAAUGCUGAGAUGAUUGAUUUGACUAGUAAAUCUUUAAUGGAUGAAAGUCAAAGCAGAAAGGAGCUGGUGCCAUGUUCUGCAAAGAAGCGAAAAGUUUUUCAUGCAGAGUAUUCAACUGGUCAGAUUGGAAAUACCCAUGAGCAUGCAUCCAGUGCUGAAAGGUCACAAUCAAUUGCCCCCCUUUCCCUUUCUAGUUUGGUAAAACUAGAGAAUCCACUGAUUUCUGCAAAUAAAGGCAGGCAAAAUGCUCAAGUUAGCUCAACAUUGCCAAUUAAAGAUCAUGCAAUCACACAUAAGGAUGCUGAGAUUCUCACUCAAAAAAACAAAGAUGUUCAGUCUACUUCUGUGCCUCGCGAUGAUGAGCAAACAAGAGGAUCAGCGUUUCUCAUUCAGGUUAAAGAGAAACUUAACGCCGCAGAAUAUAAAGAAUUUGUGGAGUUUAUGAAGGCACUUAAGUCCAAAGCAAUGAAGAUAGGCCACGUUUUACAGUCUAUCGUGAGAUUAUUUUCUGGACCAGAGAGAUUUCCUCUUCUUAAAAGAUUCAAGGAUUUUGUUCCCGCAAAGUACCACUCUUUGUACGAGCAUUAUCUUGAAGGAAAUGACGAUACACUCGGCAAUCAGAGUAACAUAAGCAGUUUGGAGAGAGUUGCCUAAUUCCACAAUAACGUUGUGGCAAACAAUUCAGAGCACGGUUGAAUUUUGCUGGAAUGCUGCGUGUAUGGAGUCAAGAAACCCUUCCAACCAGCUUUAUCAGAGACGAGUGUAUGUGCUUUGCAGUGGAGUUUUGACCAGAAACUUAACAAACCUCCACCGUUGCUUCCCGGUAAUUAUGUUGCCAAAGAAUCCGGUCCCGUUGAGUUAUUGGAGCCAAUAAAGGUGUCCAGCUAUUUACUGUUGUAUGGUGGUGGUGAUUCAUCAGAAGCUUUUGGGAUCAAUUCCAUUGUCUUAAAAAAAAAAAAAAAUUAGCCCUCUGAUUCCGGGCAGAUGUGGAAUUAGGUUUUAAACAAAAUUUUAUUUAUUUAUUCUUGAUAAA